AUGUCCGCACCGGUUAUUCAGCAGAAAAAGCCCAAGGAUGCCAAGGCAUUCUUGACCGACUUCUUGAUGGGUGGUGUGUCGGCCGCUGUCGCCAAGACCGCCGCUGCCCCCAUUGAGCGCAUCAAGCUCUUGGUCCAGAACCAGGAUGAGAUGAUCAAGCAGGGCCGUCUCGCUACCCCUUACAAGGGUAUCGGUGACUGCUUCGGCCGAACCUACCGUGAGGAGGGUAUGGCUGCGCUCUGGCGUGGUAACACCGCCAACGUCAUCCGUUACUUCCCCACCCAGGCCUUGAACUUCGCCUUCAAGGACUACUUCAAGUCCCUCUUCGGCUUCAGGAAGCAGGAUGGUUACUGGAAGUGGUUCGGUGGUAACAUCGCCUCCGGUGGUGCCGCCGGUGCGACUUCGCUCCUCUUCGUCUACUCUCUCGACUACGCCCGUACCCGUCUUGCCAACGACAACAAGUCCGCCACCAAGGGCGGUUCCCGCCAAUUCAACGGUUUGGUCGAUGUCUACCGCAAGACCCUCGCUUCCGACGGUAUUGCCGGUCUUUACCGUGGUUUCGUCCCGUCCGUUGUUGGUAUCAUUGUCUACCGUGGUCUCUACUUCGGUCUUUACGACUCGAUCAAGCCCGUCGUCCUUGUUGGUCCUCUUGAGGGCAACUUCCUCGCCUCUUUCGCUCUUGGUUGGUCGGUCACCACCGGUGCCGGUCUCGCUUCGUACCCCCUGGACACCAUCCGUCGUCGUAUGAUGAUGACUUCCGGCGGUGCCGUCCACUACAAGUCCAUGUUCGACGCUGCUUCCCAGAUCGUUGCCAAGGAGGGUGUCCGCUCCCUGUUCAAGGGUGCGGGUGCCAACAUUCUCCGUGGUGUUGCCGGUGCCGGUGUCUUGUCCAUGUACGACAAGCUCCAGGAGCUCAUGUUCGGCAAGGUCUACGCUGGUGGUUCCGGAUAA